CAGCCCAUUGAUGAUCUCUAUGUUCCACCACUUCCGUCCGGCCACGAAGAGAGAAGCGACGGACCACGAAGCCCUCCACACUCUCGUCUGGCCAGCCGACCUGCACAGCAGCACUCUUGUGAAGCCCUCUAGCUCUCUGCCUCUCUCCCAAUCGUCCAGGUCUACUCAGAACAGUAAAUCAGUAACACAAAACUUAAACUUGUUUGGAACUCAACCUUAGGCUAUCAGCAGUUUAUACAAGCCAAAAUGGCGCAUCGCAUGGUCUUCGGAUCAUUGCGAGGAGCUGCACAGAAGCUUCUGUGGCAACAUAAAGCGCUUUUAACCACAACUAGGAAUUUCAUUUCGGAAAUGCGAAAGGAAGCUUUUGAAGGAAACAUCAUUAGAUUACUCCGAAGUGAGAUCCAAUAUGAGAUUGACAACUCAUUUCCCUCCAAGCCUCUCCCUAAAUUUGGACCAUUUAUGAUUGAUGAAAGGCCGGGAGAGCAAUGGACUAGACUUAAUAGGAAAUUUGGAGAGAAAGAAGAGAUAAAGAUUGAUGUGACCAUGUUUGAUGGAUUUGUUCCGGUUAAAAAAGGUGGUAAUGUUUCCCAAGAAGAUGAAGUGUAUCUUCAUGCUACAAUGAUUGUUAAUAUCUCUAAAGGAGAAAACAAUGAUGUGUUGGAGUUUGUUUGCUCUGCAUGGCCUAACAGCAUUGAGAUCCGUAAAGUUGCAAUGCGUAUGCAUGGUUCAGCUACAGCUCAACUUUACACUGGACCCCCCUUUAAGGAACUAGAUGAUAAACUGCAGGAUGAACUCUAUAACUUCCUAGAGACCAGGGGAAUCGAUGAUGAUAUGUGUGUGUUCUUAAAUCACUACAUGAGGAACAAAGCCAAAAUUGAAUACAUUCGUUGGAUGGGAAAGGCCAAAUCUUUCAUAGAGAGGAAGUAGGGGAGGUACUUAUUUUUUCACUGUAAAAGCACUACACAAGUGUUUCUAUUUUUCGACAGUGUUUUGUUGGUGCCUUGACAUAGUAAAAAAUGUCCUUGUUGAUAAGAGCAAAGUUAAUGGUGGAACAUCAUGGCCUAUUUGCUGUGUGGUCCUUUAUUUUAAGGGAACUAGAUGAUAAACUGCAUGAUGAACUCUAUAACUUCCUAGAGACCAGGGGAAUCGAUGAUGAUAUUGGUGUGUUCUUAAAGCACUACAUGAGGAACAAAGCCAAAAUUGAAUACAUUCAUUGGAUGGGAAAGGCAAAAUCUUCCAGAGAGGAAGUAGGGGAGCUACUUAUUUUUUCUCUGUAAAAACAGUACACACAUUGUGUUUCUAUUUUCCGACAUUGUUUUGUCAAGAGUUUUGGUAUUAUGCAGAAACUAAGCCAAUUAAAGCAAUGUUCGUAAAUGAUUUUCAUAUAUUGCGAAUUGAUCUUAUGUGCUUCUGAAUAUGCAUAAGACUUGUAUGCUGGGAUUGAUAUCAACUAGCUGACCCCAAAAUCUUUUGGGAAUAAGGCUUGGAUGUUGUUGAUUAUCUUGCUUCUAUGUUUUUCAUGAAUUGGACAAAGUUUGGGGGAG